AUGGAUGGCUUUGAUGCAAAGCUUGUCCCGUGCCUCAUGCUCUUCGCAAACGGGCAGCCUCGGUUCCGACAGUGGGGCUGGGAUCACGAUGACGUUUUCGACUUCAUGCGAACGUUUGACACCAUGGUCCUUCCGGUUGGGUACCUCUUCAGGAACUACUACUGGCUGCGCAGUCUCUACAAGUUCGGCAUCCGGUCGCUCCUGAAGACGCUGAAGUUCGACGCGGAACAUCCGCUGCAAGUUUGGCUGCCUCAACUCCUGGCGCCUUUGAUCUUGCUGGCGCUGAUGCUUCUCAUGCUGCUCGCAAGGUGCUUUCUUGCAUGCUGUCGGUGCUGCAAGUCCAGCAAGGUGACGGACGUGAAGGGCGACAAGAAGAACUCGCCCACAGGAUGGCGAAAGCGCUCCUCGUGGGCUGAGAAGGCAGAGGCUGAAGACGGCGGACACUGCAUGCUCCUCAUCCUUGUCCGGCACCUCACCGACGAGAACUUCACUGUUGCUGUCGUUAACACCGGCGACGGCUUGCAGUAUCAUCCACUCCGUGCCAGCGGAGAGGCACCGAGUCCCGAGCUCGCCACGCGGCAGUGCCCCCUCGUCUUGACAGAUGUUCCUGCCAAGCGUAUCACCUGCGGAACGUUUUGGUAUCUUCUCUUCCGGCAGUUUGUGCGGCCACAAACUUCAAAUGGCCCGCAGCUUUUGUACAGCACGCUGCUUCCGAUGCUGAAGAAGCAGCCCCUGGCUGCAGACUUUGGUGUCGAGCCGAGUGGUUGGGUAGAGUUUUGUCCGGUGCCGGUUCGCUUCUGUUUGCGGGCCUCUGGCGCCACAGAGGAGACCGCAGCCUGGAGCCAGGUGCAGUGCCAGCGCUAUGCCCUCUCCGCCAUGAGCCGAGCGCUUGGCUCGUCGGCGACCUGCCUCGGGGCAGGGGAGCUUGCGAUGGUUCGAUGCGCCAGCGUUUCCGUGGCCCGUGCGGCUGCAUGCCAUGUCGACCGGUUUGGCGAGAAGUUUCGCAGCUGGGAGUUGGAUGCUGUACGUCAGCUGGUCCAAAGAGUCCAGGACGAGUGUUGGAAACGAGAGAGUUCCGAGCGCGAUGCUCGUACAGUUUUACCACCAGCCUGCCCAAUUCAGGUGGUCUCAGGCGGGCGGCCUGCGCAUGAGCUGCUAUUCAACGAUUUCGAGCGGCUGCUGGAGGAGGAUGUCGAACACCUCAAAGGGCAGGUGGAUCCUCCCCGUGUUUCCGUUUCUGUUCCUACCAGCGAGCUGCCUGUGGCAGUGCGCAAUCCUUUUGAAGCUUCUGACUGCUGCCGUUUGGCAUCGCAUCUGCUGACCCUGCUCUGCAAUCAGUCGGAGCACAUGUCACAAUCAGCGUUGACGAGAUUUGCAUUGAUAGCACGACUACUGACACAGAUUCUGCCAAUGCCACUGCCUCUAGAUCAUCCUGGGAAGGACACGCGAUGUUUCUGGAUGCAGGAGAUGAAGCAAGAGACCAAGGCAGACUUGAUGAGGCAUCUGUACCUCAUUGCGCGGCACUUCGCGGCGGUUUGCUUCGCUUUGCGAGCAAGCCGAGAGACCGAUGGUGCUCGGGUGGUGGUGUCUGCGGCGAUUGCUGCCAUCAUGGAUGCGCUGCUUCGGCGCCCACUUACAGGCUCCAUGCACGGCUCAUUGGCUUCGCUGCACUACGGUGGCCUUGCAGACGGACCCUCGCAACCCUUCGGCAUGAAACAGGGCACGGUUGACGGAUCCUUGAAGACGUGGCAGCUUCACCCAGCAGCCCUCAACCAUCUCUGCUACGAGUAUGCCGAGUUCGGAGACAUUGAGAUGGUUGAGACGGCGCCAGGACGGCCCCCGAAUCAGUACUUCUACGUUCGCACGAGACGUGAGUGCAAAGAUCCUGGCAAGAUGGCAGCCGAUGUUGCUCAUGAGGACUAUUUUGUCAGAAGUGGCGAGGACGAUGCGGACCUCCGGCUGCGACACAAGCUGCUUCCGCGCCUGGCUGAGGAGCUUUCAGCUUACAACGAGGAUCUUCGCAGAGCGACGGGCAACGGAGAGACGAAUGCGAAUGUCGUAUUCGUAACCGUGCCGGAGCCAGUUGCCCCCACACUGACGGCACAGUUGGCUUCAGAAGAUGCAGGCAUGGCUGCAUGUGCGAGCCGCACAUCAUCGCUGGGAGGGAUUUCCGGGAUGCCACGGGUGAAGUCGUCAAACGGGCUGAGCGUCUGGCGGCGACUCAUGGGAUUCGUGGACUACGACUGGGAGGGCAAGCAUGCCGACUGGAUUCCAGGGACUUGUGCCGGCUGCGCAGCUUUCAACGCGGCACUUCGAAGCUGCUCAAGGCUUCUCGGUGAUGAGUCACUUAGUGUAGCUGGGGAUGAAAGGGUAGAGGUGCCGGACUGGGUGAGCCGCCACAGGAAUCACUGGGAUGAGGCGGACGAUAUUGAUUACUUGGUUGACUACGUGCGCCCAAAACUAUCGAAGUUCAGUCUGCUGCUGGAGACAGGGCAAGGUGUGGCAGUCGCAGACAGCGCCUUGGCACUGCUAGCAGAGCAUCGCGAAGCAUACAGCUCACUGCCGAAGCAGCUGACUCAUGGUGAUAUGGGCUUGGGAAACGUGAUGAUCUCCGUCUUGGAUGCAGACAGCGCGCGUCGUAAGGCAACUGUUUGCAUUAUUGACUUCACUCCGUAUGCAACAGAGUCGCACCUCUAUGCGUUUACAGUCACGCUGUAUUGGACCUUCCUGUAUGGUCCACUAAGCAGGUGCACCGGAGAGACGCCCAGCUUGGAUGAAGCGCGAAUGCGUUCGUCUGUUGCCGCAUAUCUAAGCACAGCAGCUUCUUUUGAUUUGCAAGAUCUCCGACACAUGUGGUAUAUGAUGUUCGUGAAAGUCGUAUGCCGCAUGCUGUUUGUUCCUGUGCUAUGGGCAGAAGACGAUGUGGUAUUUCCGUCAUUCGUUUCUCUAGACGCCGUGGAAAAGUAUGUGCGGGUUCUGGACUGGGUGUUGAGCAACCAAGCGCUGCUUGAGAACAUCUUGGACGUCGACGUGAAUGCUCCUAGUGAUCAUCCAAGGAGGUCCCUGGCGGGCGGCCGACGUGUUGCAAUGCUGGCUCCCGUUUUCGAGACGCUGGCUGCGGAGACUCCCAAUUACUUUGAGAUCAUCUCAAGACGAUGCAUCGUCUUCGAGGAGCCAAGUAGUAUUCCAGAAAUCGACAUGAACCGUUGGUAUUUGGCACUGGUUCAAGACUUGUGGAUUCCGCAGCUCACUUUUGGCCAUCGUCGGUGUGAGCAGGUUCAUGUAGCCUACCUACCGGCAUUUGGGGCAUGGUUAGUGUCCGUGACAUUCGUCCUAGCCGUCCAGACACGGAAAAGCGAAACCGAGAUGGAGACACGCCUUCGCCCAUCAUCCACGGAAUGCUCCAUCGACGAGGGAGCCUUCGGUGCCCUCGUGGUGCCCGCUUCGUUGAGUGCCAGCAUCCGCGAGGCACUUGGGCGGUGGUGCCGCGAGCGACAGCCUCUGACACUAUAUGAGCCGGAGCCCGCACCGGCAGAGGCACACCAUGCAAUCCACGUGAACCAGGACGGAGCUACCAUCUUGAACUCUCUCAAUUCUCUGGCUGCUCGGCGGGGACCCUUCGAUGAAGCGGAUUUGCCUGCUUGCUUGACCUCCUGGGUGGGAGCGGAAGUGGAUUCGGACAUUGCCGAGGUCUUGGAGGCACUGCUUCGCGUUUGCACGGAGCUACAGCAGGAGCUAGGACGCUGCCCAGUUCGGUGGCUGCCACAUCUUCGCCCCAGCUCCCUGCCUUGCUGCAGGCGCUGGCGGGGAGCCAGUAUCCAGGCCUGGAGGCGAUGUGCUGCCGCGUCGCCGCCGCCGAGGUUCACCUUCUGUGAACUGUUCGCGGGCAUCGGUGGCUUCCGUCUGGGGCUCGAGGCCGUUGGUGGUCGCUGCGUCUUCGCUUCCGAGAUCAAAACAGCGGCGCGGCGGACGUACAUGCGAAACUUUCCAUCAAACGAGGGUGCGGCUCCGUUGGGGGAUGUUCGUUCCAUCUCUGCCGACGACUUGCCUGCUUUCGAUCUCCUCGCCGCCGGUUUUCCUUGCCAGAGCUACACUUGCUACAACCCCGAUUCUGCCGGGCUGGACUGUGCAAAAGGAGAGCUGGUGUGGGAAGUCCUUCGAAUUCUGAGAUGCUGUCGACCGGCUGCCGCGUUGCUGGAGAACGUGCAGGGCUUGGUGAACCACAGGUCCGGAAACGACUUUGCGCAGAUUGUGGCGCAGCUGCGCGGAGCGGGGUAUGCCGUUGGAUGGCGGAGCCUCGAUGCGCGCAGAUGCGUGCCCCAGAAGAGACUUCGUGUGUACAUUGUCUGCAUUCGACAAGAUCUGAGAGAUUCUCAUGUGGCAAGACAGAGCUCGGUGCCUUCACCGGAAGAUGCCGGAGUCGUUCGAUUCGGCGGCGAGUCCACGGCUUUGGGCGAUUCUGUGAUCGAUUGGGCGAAGUUCGAAGCUGCAGAGCAAAAGCCGAAGAGAUUCCACGAAAUCUUGCAGCCGCACGCCAGCGCAGACACCUUCCUGACUGCAGCGCAGUGGGACAAGGUCGUGGCAGAAGAGGGCAGCGAGGAGCUUGCUCGUCGGAAGCGAUUGCUCACAUCGGAUGCAGACUGGGCAGGAGCCCUUCGUUCAACCUACCGCUGCGACUGGCGGCGGGCCUCGCAGUUCGUGGCCUCGGAGACUUUCCCCCGCUUCUUCACCACGAGAGAGUGUGCACGACUGAUGGGAUUUCCGGAGACCUACGAGAUCGACCCUGGGAACGGGUUUUACAAGCAAAUCGGGAAUGUGGUCGGCCAGAGCAUCCACGAGAUCAUACUCGUCCUGCACAAGAAAGCGAUCCCGAUGCGCUGCCGGAAGUGUACCGUGGAGAUGCUGGGUGUCGACUCCGGCGCUUUCCGCGAGGUCUCGGAGACUUUGCUAUUAGUUGCUCCCGAAUAUGCGGCGGUGCGUGCGCUCGUUUUGGAUUAUUUCGCGAGUGUGCGACGUUCUGUCGCAGAUGACCACAUAGUGUUUGCCUUCGACAAGGAUAUGGCUUGCAGCGAGGGUGAUGUCGCCCUUGCGGAGCAGAUAUCCCUUUGUCUAGGUCUCGACGCUGCGCGGCGAGCAGCCCCGCAGCUCUGGAGCGGCGAGCGUCCGGAACUGCUGGAGCUCUUCCCAGAGCUUGCUUGGUUUCGGGACACCGUGUUUCUGUGGAAGAUGCUUCUCCUCCCUGCUUGCGAGUGUCCACCUGUCCAGAACUGGAAGGCAUCCGACUCGAUGCUACGAUGGCAGUACAAGAAGGGCCGCUUCGAGGUGCAUGGUUUUGGCAGCACCAAGCUCACGCCACAGGCUUCUGCUGACCAUCCGGGCUUCUUUCAGGGGGUCCUGCGCUGGUUUGGGCAAUACGAGUCCGACAAGAAAAGCCUGAGCCGGGCCAGUGCCGCUGUGCUGGCUGGCUCCACCAAACCGCUUCAGAGCGAGGAGCGUGGGACGACAUACUCUUCCUCGAAAACGUUCCCAGCUUCAAUGGAGCCGCCUUCUCAGUCUGAGUUCGAGAAACGUACUUGCCUCCCUCGUGGAUGCUUGGAGCCGCUGAGUGCCAUGGCUUGGGAUCCCUUCGCGGACCCGGCGGACGCCCCCGCGCCAGAGCCAGAGCCGCCUCGGCCGCCUCGGCUGCGACUCGUCGAGCCCGGAGCCGAGCAGGGCGAGGCCGAGGUCGAUCUGCAGGACAGGGCACAGGGCCACAGGGCUGGCAAAAACCGAAUUCAGAAGUGUCCGCCCUUGCAGGAGCUGGGGCCGGGGAGCUCCAUUCCGAGCCUUGCGGAGCUUGAAGAGGCACCGAAGAUUCCGGGAAAACAUGGUGGAAAGCAAAGAGGCAGCAAAGCCAAGCAAACCGAUCAGGUGCUCCAGGCGGCGAAGCUGAAACCCUGCCCGGAGCUCGUGCAGAAGCGGAGUUUCGAGGGUGACCGGGCUGCAGUUGCAAAGCUGCUGGAGGAGGGAGAUCCCAACAGCAUCUGGCUGCGGGAGGAGAGGUUGAAGGGCAGUGAUGGAUGCUGCCAAUGCGCGAUAAGCUGGGAGGAAUAUACGCCCCUCAUCGCCGCGUGCAUGGAGAAGCAUGACGAAAUCUGCGACAUGCUCCUCCAACAUGCAGCAACGCAGCUGAACGUGGUUUGCUGUGGUCUCAACGAGUUUGGCCCGUACAAGCAUUUUACCGUUAUCGACAUCGCUCGCCAGGUAGCGGUUGAGGUCGUUUCGUUGUGUUGA